AUGAGCACCAACCUCCAGGACUAUGUCGAGCUCCUCAAUGCCGAGCAGCACGUCCAGGUCGACAAGCUCCGCGAUAAUGCACGACACGGGAUAACGCCUCGGGUUCGAGGAGAAGUAUGGAUGUACCUCCUUGGCGUCCUCACGGAGGACAAGACAAACGAGAUAACGACUGUCAUGGCGCUUUCAUCCUCUUACGCCCUACUCCCCUCUUCUUUACCGUCGAACUUAUCAGCGCUCCUGCUCAAGACGGCGCUAAAGCACCACACGCACCGGUUCUUCAAUCCGACGUAUGCCGGGUUGAUUUCGAGCAUCACGGCCGAGCAGGCAGGGGAGCAGCCUUCGUCAUUGGGGAGACAAAGCAGAGAGGCAGCGGGCGGUAGAGCGCAGGAUACUGGAUAUGGACGGGCAGUAUCGUCCUCCAUCGCCAUCGCCGGCGACGAGGCGGGACCGUCCAAAUCGCCAGCCCCGCCCUCUUCGACCUCAAGCUCCACCUCCAUCCCCGCCUCUAGCCCACCUAUCAAGCCCUCCUCCUCCUCCGCUCCCGGCUCGGCCUUCUUCCCCACCCCGACCCAAUCGUCCUCCACCCCCUCUUCCAACCCCGCCCCAUCCUCAGCUCCGGCCGGAGGAGACCAGCAGACCCUUCGAACGCAAUACGGCCGGUUCCUCCCUCCGCCCCCGGUAGUCCCGCCUACGCGCCACGGCUAUCUCGCGCUGCUCGAGGAGGUCUUGGGCAAGUUUUAUCACGCCGAGCGGGAAGACGGGCGGGAUGGGGAGUAUAGGCGCCGGACGACAGGGCUGGAGGGCACGGAACGGGAAUGGGUGUGGCUGGUUACGCCGUUCAUGUGUUGCUUGACGAGGCCGGUAGCUGUGUAUCUUGGGUUUGGGAAGUUGACGGGGCGUAUGCGGUCGUUCCCACCCUUGUCAUCCCGACUAGCCAUGGUUCUUACCUUGUUCAGAAUGGCCCAGCCAGAGCUGUUCUCAUACUUCGAGGACGAGCAAGUACGGUAUCAAGAUAUCGUUCUCAGCUGGGUUCAAACGCUGUUCGCAAAGGAGAUGUGGCUGGGCAAUGUGAUGCGGCUAUGGGAUGCCUAUCUCGCAGCGGACGACAUGUUCGAGCUGCACUGCUACGUGUGCGUAGCCGUCCUAGCUACAUGCCGCGAGACGCUAGAAGAGCUCGAUGGGGGUGAAGUCAAGAUGAUGCUCCUGGAUCUCCCUCCUCUGGAUAUUGACCGCCUGCUCCAGGACGCCGCAAACCUGCGUGUGACGUACUCUGUGCCGCGACCCGUCGAUCUUUCGGAGUAA